UUCUCUUACCUCUGGACAAGAAGAAACACUCUGCUUCUGUUCCCCGAAGAAGACACACUUCGCCAUCGCCAUGGUGGAAUGUGAGAAUCGGCGUAAAGAUGUUCUCCUUCUUGCGUAUCAAAGCUUUGGAGUAAUAUUUGCCGAUUUGGCCAUUUCCCCUCUUUACGUGUACAGAGUCGCAUUCUCAGGAAAAUUACGCCACCAUCAGAGUGAAGAAGUGCUCUUCGGGGCAUUCUCCUUGAUCUUUUGGACUCUGACCCUUUUCUCAUUGCUCAAAUAUGCAGUUUUCAUGUUGAGCACAGACGAUAAUGGCGAAGGUGGAAUUUUUGCUGUCUACUCUCUUCUCUGCAGACAAGCGAAGUUCAGUCUGCUACCCAACUACCAGGCAGCGGAUGAGGAGAUAUCGACUUAUCAGAACCCGCAAAAUUGCUUGACAAGAACAACUCCACGCAGCAAAAGAUCGACAGAGCUGCUCAAGAAAAGAAAGACGGUUUUACUUCUCCUUGUCCUAUUCAGUGCUUCCAUGGUAGUUAGUUCUGCUGUCCUCACGCCCGCAAUUUCCGUGUUGUCAUCUGUCGAAGGGAUGCGAAGUCGAGUGAAACACUUUCAUAAUAGACUGGUGUUUGCUGUUUCUUGUGUGCUACUUGUCUGUCUUUUCGUUAUGCAACAUUGUGGGACCCACAAGACGACCUGCGCACUCUCUCCGAUCAUGAUCCUGUGGCUGUUAUCCAUAGCUUCUAUCGGUGUCUACAACAUUCUCGUCUGGAAUCGAAGUGUCUUGUGGGCUCUUUCUCCCAAUUACAUCUACAAAUUCUUCCAUUACACAGGGAAAGAUGGUCUGCUUUCUCUUGCAGGAAUAAUGUUAUGCGUCACAGGAAGUGAUGCCAUGUUUGCCUACCAUGGUCGAUUUACUGCUGCGUCCAUUCGGAUGGCAUUCCUAUGCGCCGCUUAUCCGUGCCUAGUGCUUCAGUACUUGGGACAAGCUGCAUUUCUCUCGAAGAAUUUUCAGGCAUUUCCCACCAGCUUUCACGCUUCAAUUCCCGAUCCUGUCUUUUGGCCCGUCUACGUGCUGGCUAUUUUGGUGGCCAUCAUUGCUAGUCAGUCGGUAAUCUCUGGCUCGUGUUCAAUAAUCAAGCAGAGCCAUGCCUUUGGAUGUUUCCCUCGUGCCAAGGUUCUGCAUACCUCGAGAUGGACUGAGGGACAGUUAUACAUACCAGAAUUGAACUGGAUUCUCAUGGUCCUCUGUCUGGCCAUUACAGUUGGCUUUCGCAACAUCAAUCACAUUGCAAAUGCUUAUGGCAUUGCUUGGAUUACAAUGACAAUGGUGAUGACAUUGCUAAUUGCACUAGUGAUCAAACUCGUGUGGCAUAAGAGUCUCGUGCUUGUCGUUUUGUUCUUUGUAUCUUACGGGCUGAUUGAGACGAUCUUCCUAAUAUCCUCGUGGCAUGGAAUCCCGAGAGGAGGAUGGGCUAGUCUUCUGAUAUCGAUCACAUUUACAUUCGUUAUGUUCGUAUGGCAUUACGCCACAAGGAAGAAGUUCCUGUACGGCCAACACAACAAGGUCCCGAUGAAGUGGAUCCUCUCUUUGGGACCAAACCUCGGGGUAAUUCGAGUCCCCGGAAUCAGCCUCUUCUUCACAGAACUAGCCACUGGAAUCCCAUCCAGUUUCACUCAUUUCCUGGACAACUUGCCGGUAUUCUACCAAGUGGCAGUAUUCUUCUGCGUAAAAACGGUUCCGGUGCCUUACGUCCCGCUGAAGGAGCGAUACCUCAUCGGGCGGAUUGGCCAGUCUUAUCGGCUGUACCGGUGUAUUAUCCGGAACGGGUACAAGGACGUGAACAGAAAAGAGGACGACUUCGAGAAUGACCUCAUACUGUGCCUGGCGGAGUUUGUCCAGCUCGAGGCAGAGGGCUCCAGAUCUGUCGACCGGUCAACAGAUGGUCGAAUGGCUGUUGUGGGGCCCACGGAGAAGCUCGGGACGAGGGUGGAGACCUUGGACACAUCGCUGGUCCUAGGGGGCGGGAUGAAAUCGGCCAUCCUACAUAAACUGCAGGCCAGGUACAUGAAGGAAUCCUCCGAGCUGAUCCACCGCCGCUCCGUCCAGUUUAAGGUGCAUGGGACGAUGUUUAAGGACCCUGGAGUAAAAGAAGAGCUGCUCGAGCUUGUGGAGGCCAAGGGCUCCGGAGUGACGUACAUAAUCGGGCACUCACACGUGAAGGCGAAGUCGCACUCGUCGUUCUUGAAGAAGUUUGUGAUCAAUGUGGCCUACUCAUUCCUGAGGAAGAACAGCAGGAGCCCUUCUGUGGUCUUCAACAUACCUCAAGUGUGUCUAAUUGAGGUCGGCAUGAACUAUCAUGUGUAAUAAAUAAUUUGCACGAUAUUAUUUUA